CCUCAUUGCUCGGGCCGGUUUCCGAUCCUGAUCCUGUUGGAAACUGUGGACGUAGGUCCUCGGGCAAGGGAGAUGAGAAGUCUGUCGGGAAGCAUGUGGCGAAGCCCAAUCAGAAGGCUAUGGAGACACCGAAGAGGAGCAAGGAUAAGGCAGCCGAGAUGCCUGUGGAGAAGUCUGUUGAGAAAUCGAAGAGGAGUAAGGAGAGGGCGAAGGCGAAGGCAGACAAUCAGAUGGAGAAGGAGAACGAUUGUGUCGGUCGUGUUCUGUCCAACGCAUCUGGUGACAUUGUGAAUUAUGCUUUGCGGGCCGGUAAGCCAUUGUCGAUGACGUCAGGUGCAGUGCGUGUGGGACUGUCACGCCCAAAGAGCGUUACCAGCGUCCCCAACUCCAACACUCCCACGUCAUCUGCUAGCAAGCCCUCUCCCGCUGCGAAGCCGACCUCUGCAAUCAACUCAGCUGCCACUACCUCCUCCGCCUCCGGCUCCGCUUCCAAGCACUGUUCGAAUGUCAAGUCUGGCAACCAACGCGGUCCUUCUCCUGCUCCCUCCGUUGCCAGCAGUCAGGGCUCGAAGAAGAGGGCUGCUUUGGUUACGACACAAAGAAACGAAGCGAAGGCCAGGCUCCUCGCCAAUGAUCACGAAAAGUACGCCAGCAGCAACAGCAACAGCAAGAGCUUGAGUACCGAAGACAUCUUUGCACACGAGGAUAGUGCUAUCAACAGCAAAUUCAGCGGUCUUACCAGCAGCAACCCCAUGAGCACUGCCAAGCCUGCCUCUGGCGUCGUCGCUCCCAAUCCGUCCUCCAUGUCAGAUGGCCGCAAGGCUCCAGUCCAUUCAGCAGCUUCAACACAGUUAUCAGUCUCGACCCAGCAGCAACAGCAGCAAACCCAUCUUCGGCCUUCUGCCACUCAAAGUCGUCGCAAUGGGAGUCUCUUGAUGUUGAAACAGGCCCAUUUACGAUCCAGCAAAGGGAAGGUGCCACUCGAGAGUCUGGUAUCGAGUGAAGCGAGUGAUGAGCAUGAAGGAGGUGGAGCUGGAGCCUGAAGCCCGGGAGGAGAGAAGAGGUGCCGGGAGGAGAGAUUUGAUUUGACUGUAUUGAUACCACAUAUGGGAUGGAAGCGGGAUAUCACCUACUACUACUGUUAUUACUAAUAUAAGCUCAUGGAAUCUCGAAG